AUGCAACGGGUUGAAUUCAGUGGAGGUCGAUGGAAACUCAGUGAUUCGUGCCGGUGCGUACUCUUCCGGGAAGACUGAUCUUUCACAAUUCCGUCACAUCGCCCCAAUCUGCAGACAUGACGACUUCCCGCACGUGGCUCCUUUCCUGGCCGUCGAGAACUUCUUUUCUGCUCCGGUUCACUCUCCGGCCUUUUGCUUCUCCCAAGCUGCCACUUCCAACAUAUUUUUCAUACAGGAGAUGAAAUCAACCCUUUUGAGACUCGACAUUCUGAUAUCGUAAGACAUUAUAUUCUAACCAUGAAACGUUGUAUUUAAGACGGAACAAGCUGGAUAAACAUCCGUGCCUCAUUUCGCAAGCAGGGUCACAAUCCACUAUGCGUCUCGCUUCUAAGGUUCAACUUCGUGGGGACUGGAACACUUCGGUCGAGAUUCCAUUCUGUUUACACGUCACUGAGGUUUUUUUAGUCGAAGUUUGACAUCAACCUCGGUUUCAGAAUGGGAUUUGUCCUCGCGAGUUUGAUCACGACGAAUUGUUCAAGCAAGCGCAAUGGCUAGACAUACUGGAAGAAGUGCUUUUGCCUUUGGACAAAAUGAAUGACACCAAUCUCUCGAAGAUCGCUCCUGACCAGCAUGAUGACGUCGUCAGGAACGCACUCAUCGUAUAAUUCGACUCAGUUCACGAAAUUUGUUCAGUUUUUCAGAAGUCUAAACGUGAAAAGAAACAGAAAUACUCGAAAAUUCCUGGAAAAGAGUCUUCAAGCAGCGGAUACAGCUCACUUUAA